AUGAAAAGAAUCAGUAUAGGCUUCGACGAAUGUGGAGAGAUACUGUUUAUUGAUGCAUCAGCCAAUGUAGAUAGAUAUGGUUGCAAAGUUUUUAUGAUAUACACAAACAGUUGUGAUGGUGGUCUUCCUGUGGGAACAAUUAUUUUAACAAGUGAAUCAACUUCUGUAAUUUCAGUUGGUUUAGAACUAUGGAAAACAUUAUUCCCAUUAGAUGCUUUAGGAGGAAGAGGUUUAGUAGGUCCCAAGAUUUUUAUGUCAGAUGACUCAACAGCUGAGAGGAAUGCAUUACAUGAAGCAUUCCCUCUGUCAGAACUUCUGCUUUGUAUUUUCCACAUAUUACAGGCCGCAUGGAGAUAUUUGUGGGAUUAUAGCCAUGGUGUGCCCUUAGAUCAUCGUCAAACCCUUUACCUGGAAAUAAAGAAUAUGGUAUACUCAAAAGACAAAGACGAAUUAGAAACUACAUACAAUAACGCACUUGAAAAACCAUUAGUAAAAUAA